CGUCACAUCCUCCAUCCCUAACCGCCACCAUGUUUCUUCUUCGUCGCGCCGCCCUCCGUGCGGCUUCCGCCCCCGUGCCAUUCGUUACCAGGCCUCGCACCUUCGCCACCUUUGCGCCCUCCGUCGUCCGCCCUCGCCAACAAUGGUCUGCCUCGACUAUCCAGAAGAGGUUCGCGAGUGACGAGGCCCGCCCUAGCGAGGCCACGGUAACCGAUGAGACCGUGACCGAGUCGCCUUCGCAGUCCGAGCAGGAAACUAGCGCCGAGUAUGGCUCAACCCAGGAACCCACCUCCGCAGACUCGCAGGACCAAUCCACCGUCGGCUCCGCUAUGUCUUCUGCUGCCGAAACUACCCAGAACGCUCUGUCGGCCGCUGCCCAAUCCGCCUCCAAUGCUUUCUCCAACGCUUCCCCAGAGGAAUCCUCCACCACUCUCUACAUCGGGAACCUCUUUUACGAGGUCAAGGAGGACUCCCUCAGGCAAGAGUUCCAGCGCUUCGGAACCAUCGCUAAGACAACUGUUGCGAGAGAUCCCUCGGGUCUCAGCAGAGGUUUCGGAUAUGUUGAGUUUGAGUCGCCCGAGGCCGCUGAAAACGCACGGCAAACCAUGAACCAACGGGUCUUUGAAGGCCGUCGCAUGUCGGUUCAGUUCCACAGGCGUCGUGAAGGCGCCGCCGAAAGGACGUUUAAGAGCAACCCUCCUAGCAAGACUCUCUUCAUCGGCAACUUGUCCUUUGAGAUGUCUGACAAGGACUUGAACGACCUUUUCCGUGACAUCAGAAAUGUGCUGGAUGUCAGAGUCGCCAUCGACCGGAGAACCGGUGCCCCUAGGGGUUUUGCGCACGCCGACUUCAUUGACGAGACGAGCGCUACCAAGGCGAAGGAGGUGCUCGAGAACAAGGAGGUCUACGGCCGCAAACUGCGUAUCGACUACAGCACCUCGGUUGUUAGACGUUAGAUGUUAUGUUCAGCAGCAAGGUGUUUGAUAUAUACUACGAGCUCACAGGAAGACAUGGCGUUUAUGUUGAACAAAGAUGGGUAUAGCAGAGUUUUCUGUUUAUGGGCAACUGAUCUUGCCUGUUUCAAUUCCCAUUGAGUUCGAGUUCCUAUUGUAUUUUAUAGUUAGGCCAAAAGUUACGAUCUGGGAGCCGAAAGGUUUCGGUAUCGAGAGAAUUCUAUGCAAUUCCGAGAAGGAAAGAUAAAAAGUGUAUUAUAUUUCAAAUCAACUCCCCUCACCUGUUUACAGCGACGGCAGAUAGACAGUAGAAGUAGUAAAGU